AUGCAUGCUGCUGGCACCGAGCCAGCAGGGCCUCCAGAGGGACUGAUCCUGGGCUCAGUGGCGGACACCGCUCUCGUGGAUGCAGCGCUGGCCGAGAUGGGGCCGAGGUUCCAGGGCGGCGCCACGUUCGAGGCGGGCAUCAGCUACAAGAUCAUGGAGAGCAAGGGCCGCCGCUCCGUGGGCCUCCCGAUCGCCAGAGUGCCUGCGACGUGGGAGCUGAUCCUCGCCGCGAUGGCGGCGCUGCGCCGCGAUCUGCCCGCGGACCCCGCCGCCGACGCCAACGUCAUCUGCCGCCGCUACGCUGCCGGAGACCGCCUCGGGUUCCACCGUGACGCCGUGGGUCUCUUCGGGGGAGAGGUCUUCGGCGCGGUGCUCACGGACUCGGGCCCAGGGCUGGUGUUCCGGCGCGGCGCGGCGGCGGAGAGGGAGGAGUACGCGGUCCCAGAGAGGCGCGGGGCGGUGUUCCUGUCGGGGGGCGCGAGCCGCUACGCCUGGUGCCACGGCGUGCCUCCUCGACCAGAGGGCAGCCCGGAGAGGGUGAGCCGUCACUUGGCGGUGGCUGCGCCGGAGCAGCGUGCUCUGGCCGAGCCUGGCGGCCCCGGAGCGGGAGCUGUGGCUGCGCGCGUUCCUCGGCGCCUCCCGCGCGGCCGGCUUCGCCGAGGAGGCCAUCGCUGCUUUCCUCUGUGGCGCCUCCGGGUGGUACGUCACCAAAACGACCGCAUGGGUCCGCGGCUCUCCGAGGCGGACACCUCCAGGGCGUUGGGCGCCCGCGCCGACGGCAGACGGCCCCCCGCACUACGCACCCGUGGCCCGCCGCGCGGACCUCGGCGCCCAGCUGCUGGAGCACUGGGACGCCACCGCGGCGACGGCCGCGGCCGCGGCCGCCGCCGCCCUGCCCGCGGCGGGCGCCGUGGACGGCCCCAGACGCGGCCGCCGCGCGGCUCGUGCAGGCACGCAGGGGGCGGGCGCCGGAGCGGCCGAGCUGGAGGACUGGGAGCCCCCCGGGCUCUUCACUGGGCCCAGCGAGGAG